AUGGCUGUUCCUCAGCAAACUACCACCUUUACCACGGCCGCAGUCCCGGCGGUGAUCACACAAGGUCCCGAGCUCAUCUGCUCAAAUGGACAAACUGCCGUAUAUACGACGGAUUGUACACUGGGAACCCCAGUAUCGUACUGCUUCAGCCAAGAACCGCCAAUCGAGUGCCCACAAGGCUUUUUCCCCUCGGUUUGGCAUCCAGACCAUUGCAUGGAACAAUCAACCUGCUUCCCACUCAGUGAGCCUUGGAUUACUACCAAGUGCUCCAAUGGGGCAAUUGCAUAUUCGACGUCGACUAUAUAUGAGGGCACUUUAGCGGGAGAAGCGUCAAAUGUGAUCAAGGCUGUCUCCUGCUCCUGUGCCGAAAACCAAUGGUACAGCAUGACCCUGCGGGAAGGUUCGUCGAACUACGACACUUUCUGCAUGCCUCAUAGCUUCUGCCCGCACGGCAUGACAACCUCCGUCUCGCUCAAUGAGUACUGCGCUACUCAGUCAGCGGGCGUGUGCUCGGAUAUCCCUCUGGAAACUGAGUUUUGUAAAUGCGCCUACGCGGCACAGACGCCAGUCUAUCCCGACUGGCCCGGUGCGCAGCCAACAGGGUGCGAGUUUUGA